CCCUGCCCACACAAAAUCUCCGAUGGCACUUGAACGUAUCAGUUGCUCCGUUCAUAGACCAGAGGAAGGAACAGCAUCAAGGCAAUCAGGAGACACCUUCUGCACGAAGGGACCAAACAAAACGAGAAGUUCGGGCUGUUCACGAACGGACACCAGAUCUUUUCUUCACUUUUGCCGUUCUUAUUCAUAAAUACGCGGAUGCCACUUGGAGGACCAAGCGGUGUGUGUAAUCCGAGGCCUGCCCAUGAGUUCCUCACUGGAAGAUGAACUGACUGUUGUCCAAAAGCAAGGAUUAUGAUCAUAACGUCCUCCAAAAUCUCCAUGGCUGUGGUGGUGGUUUUGGGAGCGAGGAGGACCCCGCUGGUAUCUGAUUUCCAUCGUCUGCCGUGACGUUCACUUCAAGCCAGGCCAAAAGACUGCAACGAGAAACCUCGAAGAAACGCAAUGCGCGUGUCACGGCUUGUGACUGAGGCGGGACCCUUUCCGAGAUUGCCCGUCACCUGUUUGAUGAAGCAAAGUUGAUGGACAGACAUUUUUUCCACUUUUUGGAUAGAUGCUCACGCCUCACCGCAACAAACCAAGCGGGGAAGCGGACUGAAAUACUUGGAGUGGGUAUUUCACUUCAAUCCCUGUUGUAAUAUUCCACCAGUGUGAAUAUUUGCCCACCUAUGGGAAGAUGGAGGCUGGGGCGGAGGUUUGUGCAAAACAGCAGCCCAGGAAGAGACCCGUCCAGCAUGGCUUGGAGGACCAAAAAAGGAUCUACACAGACUGGGCAAACCACUACCUUGCCAAGUCGGGACACAAGCGCCUGAUCAAGGACCUCCAGACGGAUGUUGCGGAUGGAGUGCUCCUCGCUGAGAUCAUUCAGGUCGUAGCCAAUGAGAAGAUUGAUGACAUCAAUGGCUGCCCCAAAAGCCGCUCUCAGAUGAUUGAGAACAUUGACGUCUGCCUCAGCUUCCUGGCAGCCAAAGGAGUCAACACUCAGGGAUUGUGUGCAGAAGAGAUCCGUAAUGGCAAUCUAAAAGCCAUCCUCGGGCUCUUCUUCAGCCUGUCCCGGUUCAAACAACAACAACAACAACAGCAGCAGGCCCAGAGGCGCAACCCCCAGCCGGCGCUCGCCCCUCCAGCCCAGCCUCGGAGCUCGCACCCUGCCCUGAGCCAGCAGAGCAGCGCCCCGGCUCAGCUCAGCCAGUCUACGCAUGGGACUCCCGCCCCCGCGGCCCAGAAUUCAGCACAGGCCGAGAUGCAGUCCAGGAUUGGCUCUCAGAGUAAACUACUCAAGUUUUCCCUUGGUCAGAAAAAGACCUCUAGACUUCCCGGCCCCUCGGCGAGGGUGUCCACCGCAGGCGGUGACAUCACUCCACGAGGCCCGCUCAGCAGCGCUGGCAACAGACGCAGCCAGGCCUUCAAUGACAAGACCAAAGCCAGCUCGCAGCCGAACAAAGAUUCCUCGGAGGGAAUGGCCUCACAGCCUUCGCUGAUCACAAAUGAGAAUGUGUCAUUGCCUUCAGUGACCGCGAGCUCCUCCACCAGCAUCCCCGCCACCUCCGCCACGAUACCGUCCACGUCUUCGGUGUCCUCAACGGCCAUUCCCCAUCCCAGCAGCAACAGCAAGCCCUGGAGGAGCAAGUCGAUGAUCUCCAAGCACGCCUCGCAAGCGCCCUCCUCCAUUAGCAGCCCCCCGUCCGCCAUGCAAUCAAUAAAGCAGGAGAAGGAGACCUCCUGUAAGGCUACUUUGGGAUCUGAAGCUCCUCCUAAAGUUGUCACGCAAAAGUCAAUGCUCGAGAAGCUUAAGCUGUUUAACAGCAAGGGAGGCUCUAAAUCUUCCUCCUCCUCCUCCUCCUCUUCAUCCAAUGGAGUAAGUGCCCAGAUUGACAAUGCUGCACCCGGCAUGCAGCUUGUAGCCGGGCAGGUGGAAAGAGCUGAGACGGGCUCAAACACUGAGCCCCUUGAGGAAGACGACGGGAACCUCCGCCCGGGAAUGAACGGAUCCUCAAAUGGAGCCGCUCCCUCAGCAGGUACUUCAGUGGCCGUUACUGCCAGCAGCCCCAAAAUUGCCUUGAGAGGCAUUGCCCAGCGCACUUUCAGCAGGGCUCUGACUGCCAAAAAGAGCUCCGCCAAAGGCCCCGAAAAAGACAAGGAGCGGGGGAGGGAGAAGGAGAAAGGGAAAGAAGUCAGGAAACGUCUCUCCAUGCAGGACAGGACAGAACUCAGGGGAGAGGAGCCGAAGGAGGAAACGGCACCUGUUGGCGGAGACGUGGACGGCUCAAUCAAAAAGACCUCAAAAAUCGCCAGCUUCAUUCCCAAAGGGAGUAAAGUUGCCAAAAAGGAGAGCUCCGCCUCCGCACACAGUGGAAUACCAAAGCCAGGAGGCAAAAUCCCAGGAAUUGCGGGGAAAGCCUCUUCAAUGGGGACUAAAGAGGCCGCGGAGAGACCACGAAGCAUGAAGCUAGGCGGUGCUGCGGCGCUCCGAGGUCAUUCGGAAAAGGACGGCAAAAGCGCUACCUCCGGCUUGCACGCUACUGAAGGGAAGACCGGCUCUCCCCCUGUGCCGGGAGGAAGCAACACACAGAGCACGGCCAGCAACACAGUCAGCGUGCAGCUACCUCAGACCCAACAGCACCACAGUCACCCCAAUAUGGCCACCGUGGCGCCUUUCAUGUACAGAUCCCAAACGGAUGGCGAGGGAGUCGCGAGCAGCGAAUCCAGCUCGGUAGCAAGAGGCGGGGAUGUUACCUUCAGCAAGAACCACCAAACCUCCAUCGAGGACCUUUCAGGGGAAGACCCAGAGACGAGGCGCUUGCGGACUGUUAAAAACAUUGCAGACCUGCGCCAGAACCUGGAGGAAACCAUGUCCAGCCUGCGAGGAACUCAGGUCACACACAGCACCUUGGAAACCACUUUUGAUGGCAGCGUCACCACAGACAUCAGCAGUGGUACCAACAGCAGUGGAGGGGGGAGAAGCAUCUUAAGUCUUACCUCCGCCAGGCCCUCCUUGUCCUCGUGGCGACUGGGUCAGUCCAGCCCUCGUCUCCAAGCGGGUGAUGCCCCUUCUACGGGGAAUGGAUACGCUGGCCGCGUGGCAGGCGGCCAAGCUGGACGCUAUUUGUACCCGGGGCACCUCAGACGGCAGCUGGCUGGCCGGAAUGGGGGCCUCUGCAGCGGGGACCUUGGAGACCGAGCCGGAGAGGAGGUAGACCUUGAUGGGCUCGCCAUGGAGGUCACUGGAUACAUGAGUGAUGGCGACGUUCUGACCAAGAAUGCAUCACGCACUGACGAUGUGACCAGUGGCUACAUGACGGAUGGAGGCUUGGGUCUGUACACGCGGCGCUUGAACCGGCUGCCUGACAGCAUGUCCGCCGUGCGAGAGACGCUGCAUCGAAACGUGUCGUCCGGCCAAGGAGAUGCUGACAGUUGGGACGACAGCAGCUCAGUGAGCAGCGGCAUCAGCGACAACAUCGACACAGAUGACAUCAACACCAGCUCCUCCAUCUCCUCCUACGCUAACACACCUGCAGCACAGCGCAAGGGCCUCAGCACGCAGCCUGUGACAGAUGCCGAGAAGCAGUCGGUGUCCACGGCAGUGCACCAGACCUGGUCGGGAGACGAGGUGAAGAGGCCAGACGGGGGGUCGGACAUCGGGGUCAAAAUGGAGACGGGCUCCAAGUGGAGCCGUCGAAACCCCUCUGACAUGUCUGAUGAGUCAGACAAGGGCGGAUCGGGGAGAAAGACCGCCUCGGUGUCCCACACGGGGUCCUGGAGGAGAGGUGUCAGCACACAGGUGGGGGUGACACCCCCCCGGACCAAAAGCACGAGUAGCGCAUGCUCUGCAAGCUCUGUCACGGUCAAAACCCACAGUUCAGGUAAGACAGAUGAUGUCAAGGUUUCAGAAAAGGGACGUCUCUCUCCACGUUCCAACGGCUUAAAUCGCUCACCCUCUGACGCUACGGAUGAAGCAAAGAAACAAUCAGUCUCCACUAGCCUCACAUCGACAACCAGCUCCCUCACGCACACCCUCUCAGAGCCCCAGACACAUGCUUCCCGAAUGCCAACAAGCACAUUUGGCUUCAAGAAACAGGGCCACGGCAUGGUAGCUAUGGUAACCGCCAGCGGCGCCACCGUUACCAGUGGCUCAGCCACUCUGGGGAAAAUUCCAAAAUCUGGGGUACGCUCACUGGUAGGAUUGAAGGCAGGUGGCCAGGAUGGGGGAAUGCUGCUAGGCCACCAUGAUGAUGGCUUCCUUCCCGCGAGCGCCCGCUCCACCCUUCAGUACCGCAGCCUCCCGAGGCCCGGCCGCUCAGGGUCGGCCGCCCGCAACGGAAACCGCUCGUCCACCAGCAGCAUUGAAGCCGCCGUGCUCUCAGUCACAUCUCAUGGGAAAAAUGCAAUCGGGAUCCUCAAGGCCAAUGGUUCCGCAAGUCUGCUGGCCAAUCAGACUGAUCGGGAGAAGGGUGUCUCAGAUUCUGACAACUUCAGGAGCGGAGGAUCAGCAACCGUUCCUCUUACUGGAAGACAACAGGUUCCGUCACCGACGCUACGCAGAUUAUUCAGUGGAAAGACCAGCAAACAGGCACCAGUCACGACGGCAGACAAUAUGAAAAACUCAACGGUUAUCUCCAACCCUCAUGCGACCAUGAAUCAUGUGGCCACCAUGCUCGAGUCCUCCGAUGGAGUGCAGGGAGAUGUAGACAAUGAGACCAUCAGCCCCAUGUUCGGGGGCAGACUCCCUGGGUCCGGCACAGGGACGCUGGGCAGCGAACAGGCCUCCAGUCCAGGCUCAGUCUACUCCUCCACCGGCCCCUCCAACAGUCUUACGUGGGGCACAACAUUCAGCAGCUCAUCCGCCCAGAGCAGGGAGGGCACGCUGGGUGGGCACUGCGGAACGAGCAGUGUUGGUUACCCGUCUGUCAGCAGUAUGCACACAAGCAGCGAGUCCAUUGACAUGAGCCUCGGCAGUGCCGGGGGAGGAGGAGGAGGAGGAGGAGGACACGGGACCCACAGGGAGGACACAGUGUCCGCCUUGGGCCGCACUGGCAGCGUCAAGACGGGCAUGUCGGAAAGCCCCCUUUCCUCCCCCUCCGCGAGCCCUAAAUUCAGCCGAAACACUCUACCUCGGAAACAGGACAGUGGGCCACUCUGUGGCAGAAACACUCUGCCUAAGAAGGGACUCAGGUAUGGCCCGCCCCCUCAGCUGCGAGGCCACGAGGAAGGCCGCGAUUGGCUGCGUUCUCACUCCACCAGUGGGCUUCAGGAAUCAGCCAGCAAUUCCCCCUUCUCCCCUGGCUCCAGCCUUACCUCCCCCUCCGGCACUCGCUUCAAUUUUGGCCAGCUUGCAUCCAGCCCAACGUCAGCAGCUCAGAUCAACCUGACCGGCCUGCGUAACAACAGCCUGACCAACCAGGAUGUCACCUUUGACCCUUGCAGCGACAACCGGCUGAGAAACUCUUGCAUGUCCCUGGAUGAGAAGACGCGCACCAUGAGCCGAUCGGGCUCUUUCCGCGACGGCUUUGAAGAAGUUCAUGGCUCGUCCUUGUCUCUGGUCUCCAGUACCUCCUCCAUGUACUCGACGAACGAGGAGAAAUCUCAGUCAGAGAUCCGUAAAUUACGCCGGGAACUGGAUGCCUCCCAGGAGAAAGUUUCCGCCCUAACAACACAAUUGAGUGCCAACGCUCACCUGGUGGCGGCGUUUGAGCAGAGUUUGGGCAACAUGACCAUCAGGUUGAAAAGUCUCACCUUGACUGCCGAGCAAAAGGACUCGGAGCUAAAUGAGUUGAGGAAGACGAUCGAGCUGUUGAAAAAGCAGAACGCCGUCGCUCAGGCUGCCAUCAAUGGCGUCAUAAACACUCCCGAGAUCACCGCUAAAAUGGACAGGACGGCUGGCAGUCACGGUGGUCUUCAGCAGCAGCAGCAGCAGCAGCAGCAGCAGCAGCAGCAGCGUCAACAGCAGCACCAACCAGACCUGCGAAUCAGAAGGCAACACUCCUCCGACAGUGUCAGCAGCGUGGCCAGUGCGACCAGCCAUUCCAGCGUGGGCUCCAACAUGGACGCCGAUGCUAAAAAUAAGAAGAAAAACAAGAAGAAUUGGUUGCGAAGCUCCUUCAAGCAGGCGUUCAGCAAGAAGAAAUCUCCCAAAUCGGCUUCCUCCCACUCGGACAUCGAAGAGAUGACCGAUUCUUCGCUGCCUUCCUCCCCGAAACUGCCUCAUAACGGCGCCGCCGCGACCAAUCACAUGCUCAGGAACACGCACUCCAACUCGCUAUUGUCGGAGUGUUUGGACAGUGAGGCGGAGACGGUAAUGCAGCUGCGAAGUGAGCUCAGGGAGAAGGAGAUGAAACUGACAGAUAUCCGCUUGGAAGCGCUCAGCUCCGCCCAUCAGCUCGACCAGCUACGAGAGGCCAUGAACCGCAUGCAGCUGGAGAUCGAGAAGCUGAAGGCGGAGAAUGAUCGCUUGAAGCUGGAGAGUCAAGGUAGCAGGACGGGUUCCCAAGCCUCCAUUUCCUCGUCGCCUCCGCCGCACACGCGCAGCCAGCAGGUCCCGGCGUCCGGCGCGGGGGUCCCACAGCACCUCGCCACCGGCGAAUCCACCAGUUUGGACAUGCUGUUGGAUGACACGGGUGGAGACGGGGGUCUGAGGAAGGAGGGCCGCCUCGUCAAGAUCGUCGUCAGCCUCGACGAGGACGGCUUGUGGGGUCAGGAGGCUCGCUGUCCCAGUUUUCUGAUAGGUUGCAUCGGUGUCAGUGGGAAAACCAAAUGGGAUGUGUUGGAUGGAGUGGUCCGGCGCCUUUUCAAAGAGUAUAUCACGCACGUGGACCCGGUUAGCCAGCUCGGCUUAAACUCGGACAGCGUGGAGGGAUACAACAUCGGAGACAUCCACAGGCCCCGCAGCCCCUGCGCUGCCCACACCCCCGAGCUGCUACCUUGUGGCUACCUGGUGGGCGACAGCAACACCAUCAACAUCCAGCUCAAAGGUGUGAGCAGUGACAGCGUGGACUCGCUGGUGUUUGACACCCUCAUCCCCAAGCCGAUGCUGCAGCGUUACGUCUCCCUGCUGAGGGAGCACCGCAGGGUCAUCCUGUCGGGGCCCAGCGGCACGGGAAAGACGUAUCUGGCCAAUCAGCUUUCUCAACACUUGCUGCUCCUCGAGGGCCGACCUCUGACCCCUCAAGCCGUCGUCACGUUCAACGUGGAUCACAAAUCCAGCAAGGAGCUUCGGCAGUAUCUAUCGGGAUUAGCCGAGCAGUGCGGCGGCGGGGUGGCGGGUGAGGAGAGCCCUCUAGUGGUCAUCCUGGACAACCUGCAUCACAUCAGCUCACUGAGCGAGAUCUUCAACGGCGUCUUCAGCAGCAGCCACGAACACAGCCCAUAUAUCAUCGGCACAAUGAGUCAAGCUACGUCGUCUGCGCCCAACUUGCAGCUUCACCACAACUUCAGGUGGGUGCUGUGCGCCAACCACACGGAGCCGGUCAAAGGCUUCCUGGGACGCUUCCUGCGUCGGAAGCUGAUGGAGAUGGAAAUAGGCAGUCGGACGCGCAACGUGGAGCUGGUGAAGAUCAUCGACUGGAUCCCGAGGGUGUGGCACCAUCUCAACCGUUUCCUGGAGACGCACAGCUCAUCGGACGUGACCAUAGGUCCUCGCCUCUUCCUGUCGUGUCCGAUCGAUGUGGAGGGAUCCAGGGUUUGGUUCACGGACCUCUGGAAUUACUCCAUCAUUCCCUACAUGCUGGAGGCCGUUCGGGAAGGAUUGCAGCUGUAUGGCCGCAGAGCUGCGUGGGAGGACCCCGCCGCCUGGGUGAUUGACACCUACCCGUGGUCGGCUACGCCCGCUGCAGCCGAUUGGCCCCCGUUGCUGCAGCUGCGGCCAGAGGACGUGGGAUUCGAUGGCUACUCGGCCCCAAGGGAAGGUUUCCGGAAAGAGCCGCCUCAGAGCGAUAGUGACGCCGACCCACUGAUGAACAUGCUGAUGCGGCUGAAGGAGGCAGCGACAUCGUCGAGCCCGCAGAGCUACGACAGCGACUCCAACAGCAACAGCCACCAGGACGACAUCCUGGACUCGUCACUGGAGUCCGCCCUGUGAUGCAUUCGAGACGCGGCCUCGUCGGCUGCGUCGUCGCCACCGCCAGACUGCUCUCACUGUGAGAAUUUGCUCGAAAAUCCAGCCACCUUCAAUUAAUUUGGGUGCAGGCAACCCAAAUACGAUCGGUGUUUCCGAGGACAUAAGGGCAACUCAAGUUUUUGCUGCACUGUGUUGUUGUUGUUUUUUCUUUCUUGGUUUUGAUUUGUUUUUCACCACUGUGGCCCGCGGCUCCUCUGGGAAGGAGCUUUUUUUGACAUCAGCGUCAGACAGAAUAAAAGCACAGCGCCCGACAACGUUCGAGGCGUCAUUGCGAUCAGCACCAGCCGUCAAUCAGCGUAGCCUCCCAUCCACCCUCCACUAAGUGACAUGAUCAGGCGACAGUGCACCUGUCCGACCAGCAGGUGGCGACAGAUGCUCCUCAACUGAAAAGACCACUGUGGGCAUGGCGCAGCUGCACUUGACACUUUUGCGCCACUAAAUUCUUUUUUUUUUUACAUUCAGAGCGAUUAUUGUUAUGCGCAUGAAUUUGACGACGUAGCAGAUAUGCUAGCAAACGCUGUAGCAAAAAGUAAGAAGAACGGCACCUGAUAUAAGUCAUGAGACAAUAGAAAGGAGUGAAUUAGGCCAAGUCAAUGCAGAGCAUUUUGCUUUGAUUCCAUGUUUACGGUAACAAAAAAAAGUAUCCUUUUGCAUGUUCUGGUUUAGAGUUCCACUUUUACCUCCACACGCGUUCUUGCUCUGACUCCAUAAGAUCUUCCUGGUCAUUCGUAGCACAAAGAUCUAAAGGUGCUAUUG